UGUCUCGAUUGAGCGCGCUCCGCUCGCCGGUAGCGAUCGGCACGACGACGGUCGACUGAUCGCGUCUCGCCGUCACCGAGCGAGAGAGGUGGCGGAGGAGGGGGGGCGUGGCUUCGGACAGGGGAGGGGCCUGCAUCUCGCGCCCCCCCCCCCCACUCGCGACCCCGGCAGCAGCAGCAGCGAAGCAGAAGCAGCCGCGGCGGCAGCAGCAGCAGCAGCGGCGCGCCGGCCCCGCGCUCUCCCCGCCGCCCGUCCGCUCUGCGAGAGUAGCUAGACCACAUUCUGGUCGUCCGCCUCUGUCUGCUGGCCAGUCGGGCAGCCAGACAGCCCGGACUGUAUCGCCGACUCCGCAGCUUUAGUCGUCAGCUGGUGGGGGGCCAGCGGCGGCCUGCCUGGUUGACUGACCGGCUUGUUGACCGGCCGGUUGAGUGGCUGGGCUGGUUGACCGGCUGACCCCGGUCAACUAACUAGCAGACUGGCGGCUGGGUUGUCCAGCUGUUGACUUGGUCGGUUGACUAACUUGGCUGGCUCAGCUGGCUCUGUUCACUGCUUGAAGCCCUGCCCCCCCCCCCCCCCCCCGGGGGUUGACGCUGAUCCGGCUCGUUGGCUGUGCUGGUGAACCGGUUGAGUAACCGGUGGACGAGUCUGGGUUGACCGACGACUGGGGGCGACCGGCCUUCUCCGAGUCCGAGCGAGUCGUUGUGGUGGAGGGGAGGACGCGGGCACCGCGUGGGGUCGGGGGGGCCCGGGCCCGUGGUGGAGCCUCCGGCGGGCGUCUCUACCAUGCAUCGCGGCCCCGGCACCACUGAAGAGCGCCCACGGAUAAGGUAUGGCCUCUCAGAUGCAAGUCUUCUCUCCACCUCAGCCUCAAUCCAGUGCCUUCUGCAGUGUGAAGAAGCUGAAACUGGAACCCAGCAGCUGCGUCUACCAUGACGGAAAGACCUCUGCCUACUCGCAUCAGCACAGCCAGCGCAGCCGACAGCACCACCACCACCACCACCACUUGCACCAGCAGAGCCACAGCAACGCUCAUCACCGCAGCAGCCGGCACAGUGCGAAGGCCUACGCCGCCCCUGCCGCCGCUUCUUCCGCCGCGGUCGCCGCCACCGCCGCUGUUGGCAGCCACGCCGCUUACGAGCAGAGCCUGAUCUUCCCGGGCUGCGUCGCGACUUCCGCGGCCACCGCCGCCGUUGUCGGCGCUAGCGGCGGGGCAGCCGGGACAGCGGCCGGCGCCGGGGGCGGCGCCAGCGGCGGCGCUAGCGGCGGCGGCGGCAUCGCCCGGCGAACAACAUUGAACCUGCUCGACACGUACCAGCGAUGCGUCCUCAAGCGCAGGAGUAGCGAGGGGGUCGACGGCGAGCCGGGCAACGACGGCGGCGGCGGCGGCAACGGCGGCGCCGGUGGCGGCGCCGGCAACAACACAGCCGGCGGCAACGCGACGACCACCGCCGCCAACGCGAGCAACGACGCGGGCAGCGUGCAGAUCGUGGAGGAGCUGCCGCCCACUGCCGCCGUGGCGGCGGCCGCCCCCAUGCUUGUGGGGAGCAACGUGACGAUGGCGCCCACCACGAACGCCGCGGCCGUCGCCGCCGGCGGCGGCACCACCAACGCCAAGGCCAACAACCACGGCGGGUCGUCGUCGGGCGGCGACGGGGACUACCAGCUGGUGCAGCACGAGGUGCUGCGCUCCAUGACCAACAGCUACGAGGUGCUGGAGUUCCUGGGGCGCGGCACAUUCGGGCAGGUGGUGAAGUGCUGGAAGCGCGGCACGAGCGAGGUGGUCGCCGUCAAAAUCCUUAAGAGCCACCCGUCUUACGCGCGCCAGGGCCAGGUGGAGGUGGGCAUCCUGGCGCGGCUCAGCUCGGAGAACGCCGACGAGCACAACUUUGUGCGCGCGCACGAGUGCUUCCAGCACCGCGGCCACACCUGCCUCGUCUUUGAGAUGCUGGAGCAGAACCUCUACGACUUCCUCAAGCGGAACAAAUUCCGGCCGCUUGCGCUUGGCCACGUGCGGCCCGUGCUGCAGCAGGUGGCGACGGCGCUCGCCAAGCUCAAGAGCCUGGGGCUCAUCCACGCCGACCUGAAGCCCGAGAACAUCAUGCUGGUGGACCCGACGCGCCAGCCGUUCCGCGUGAAGGUCAUCGACUUUGGGUCGGCGAGCCACGUGUCCAAGGCCGUGUGCUCCACCUACCUGCAGUCGCGCUACUACAGGGCUCCUGAGAUCAUCCUCGGGCUCCCAUUCUGCGAGGCGAUCGACAUGUGGUCCUUGGGCUGCGUCAUCGCCGAACUCUUCCUGGGCUGGCCUCUCUACCCCGGAGCCUCGGAGUACGACCAGAUCUGCUACAUCUCACAGACGCAGGGCCUGCCGGCCGAGUACCUGCUGAGCGCGGGUACCAAGACGACACGCUUCUUCAAGCGUGACCCCGAGUCGGCCUUCCCGCUCUGGAGACUCAAGACGCCGGAGGAGCACGAAUCGGAGACGGGGAUCAAGUCAAAGGAAGCUCGAAAGUACAUCUUCAACUGCCUGGAUGAUAUGGCACAGGUGAACGUGGCUUCCGAGCUGGAGAGCAGCGACAUGCUGGCGGAGAAGGCCGACCGGCGGGAGUUCAUCGACCUGCUCAAGCGCAUGCUCACCAUCGACGCCGAGAAGCGCACCACGCCGCUCGACACUCUGGGCCACCCGUUCGUCACAAUGCAGCACCUACUCGACUACCCGCACAGCAACCACGUCAAGGCGUGCUUCCAGAACAUGGAGGUGUGCCGCAGGCGAGUGGGGAUGUACGAGCGGCUGAACCAGAGCAAGACGCCCUUCAUGGCGCACGUGGCGCCGAGCACUUCCAACAACCUCACCAUGACCUUCAACAGCCACCUCAGCUCGCACGCGCAGGCCUCAGCUGCGGGAGGGCAGGUGGCGGCGUUGGCGCAGCGCGGGAUGGCGCUGCCAGCGCCGGGUGCUACGGCGGCCGGGCCGUUCGCACGACACGACCCCUACCAGCAGGCGCUCAUCGUCUGUCCGCCCACCUUCCAGGGUGACUGGCAAACUCACGCACGCCUACAGGCCUCGCCGCCCAAGCACGCGGGCUACUCCGUGCGCGUGGAGAACGCCGUGCCACUCGUCACGCAAGCGCCCGCCGCCGCUCAGCAGCUCCAGCUGCAGCCCGGGGUGCUCACACAGGGCUGGGCCCCCGCCACCCAACAGAUCCUGCUCCCGACCUGGCAGCAGAUCCCGACGGUGCCCACCCACGCGCCCGUGCAGCACCCGGGGCUGCCGGACGGCAUGGGCGGCACGCAGGGCAUCCCCGACUGGAGGAGCGCCCACGCGCACGGACCGCACUACAACGCGCUGGUGCAGCAGCCCCUGCUCUCGGGACACAUGGCGCUCCCCGGCGGGCAGCCUCUGAGCGUGGGGGUCGCGCACGUCAUGCGCCAGCAGCCCAUCUCGUCGUCAGCCGCGUCGGCCGUGGUGUCUUCAUCCGCCAGCGCCAAGAAGAACCGUCAGCUGAUGCACGCAUCGUCUGCCAGGUGGGCGCGGGGUGACGUUUGGCCAGCACCUCUUAGGUCACACUACGAGAUGAGUCUGUCGCAGCCCAUGAGCCUGCAGUCUCCGCUGCGAUCCAAGCGAGCUAAGGAGAGCUCCGGCUCGCGCUACUACACCACCGCUACCACCGCCAGCGCUGCCGCGGCCGCGCACAACGCCGCUGUGAGCGCCGCGGCCUCCAAUGCGGCGGCCGCGGCGGCCGCGGCGGCGAUGAUUGGCGACGGCCCGUUGUUCGGGCACGGCGUGAGCGCGGGGACGCUGGGCGCCGGCGGGGUCGGUGCCACGAUGGCUUCCCCGGCGGGCGGAGGAGGAGGCGGUGUGUGGGCGACCGGCGGCGGCGGCGGCGGCGGCGGCGGUGCCGGGCUGGGCGACGCAGGGCUGGGCGGCGGCGGUGCCAGCUACCCGAGGCAGCCGAGGCAGCCGAUUGUGAUCCGCGAUACGCCGAGCCCGGCCAUCAGCGUCAUCACCAUCAGCAGCGACACGGACGACGAGGAGGACGAGAAGACCGUGAAGAGGGGCAGCGGCGCUGGAGCGGGGAACGGGGCCAACCCUUCCACGAGCCUGCUGUCCAAGCAGCGCGAGAACGUGGUGAGCUGCGUGACGGUGCACGACUCGCCCGACUCGGACUCGUCCCGCACCACCAGCCCCCUGCCGCUGGGCGGGCGCCCCACCGUCGCGGCGCUGUCGGGCGCCGUCGCCGGCGGGCAGCACCUCGCACUGCCCGGCGGCACCGGCGCCGCCCCUCCCUCGGCGGCGGCGGCCGCCCUGGCGUCGUCGUCGUCCUCCUCGUCCUCUUCGUCGUCGUCACUCCUCCCGUCGUCGUCAUCGUCGUCGUCGCUGCACCGCGCAAACUCGCGCACCAUCAUCGUGCCGCCGCUCAAGACGCAGGCAUCGGAGGCCGACGGCGGCUCUCUGCUCGCCGCGAAUGGUGUCACGGUCCACCAUGGCAAGGUGAAAGGGAUUGGCAUCUCCUCGGGCCGAGUGCAGACGAGGGGAAACCCCUUCCAGCAGCAGCAGCCGCUCAAUCUGAGCCAGGCCACGCUGAUGCAGGAUCAGCGGCCGGGCGUCGGCGCCCACGCACACCGCCGGCAACAGGCCUUCGUCGCGCCCACCAUGGCGCAACCGCCCAUCCCUCCGCCCAUCGCCGCCGGCCCCGCUCCUCCGCCCACCUCCGCCGCCGCUCCCUACCACUUUGGGAGCCACGGCCCGAGCACGCCGCAGGGCCCCGGGGGCGCCGGCGGCCUGCCGGCCCACCUGGCGGCGGCCGUGAGCCAGCCCCACCACCUCUACACCUACACGGCGGCGGCCGCUGCCGCGGCGGCGGCGCUGGGGUCGCCCGGCGGGGUGAUGGCGGCGGCGCACCUGGGAGGGACGCACCCGCACGCCCACCCGCAUGCGCACCACCACCACCACCACGGGCACCCGCACCACGCCACCGCCUACGCGGCGCACCCGGCCACGGGGCUACUCCACCAGGUUCCCGUGAGCGUCGCCCGGCACCACCCGCACCACCACCCUCACCACGCGCACCCUCACCACCCGCACCACCACCACCCGGCUGUUCUACCCGCGUCGCCCGCGGGGCUGCACCAGGCCUACCAGCCGACGGCGCCCUUCCCGCAGCAGGCCUACGUGAGCGCGUCGCCAGUCUACGCCGGGUACCCGCUCAGCCCGCCCAAGAUGGGCCAGUUCUCUUACCUCUGAAGGAAACGAAAAGAAGGAGAGUGACACGGAGUCGUUUUUUUUACACGAAACCCCCGACCACGGGCUCCCCGCGCCGCGCCACGGCGGUUCAUCGCCGCGGCGCCGCCGACGGUGGCGGCGCCGGCGGCGGUGACGGCGGUGGCGGCGGU